AUGACUUCAACUCCCACGCCAGACCAGAUCCCUAUCGAGGAGCAGCCCAUCCUCGAGGCACUCGUCUCUAUCAAGCACCGUCUGACAGCUAUCAAAAAGGACCGUUCACAGUUCAUCAAGACCUCGACCGUCACCGGGCUCUACGACGAACUCUCUGUCCAGCUCCAGCGGCUGGAGGAGAUCCGUGGCGCAUCGACCAUCUGGGGAAACAGGAAUAACGUCAACAGUAUUCUCGACGACGUCUUUGUUAUCCUCUCGCUCUGUUUCAUGGCCAUCGGAAAGACUAAAGAGAGUCCGGCCACCUAUGUCCAACUGCUCACCAUCAAGCAAUGCCUGACAGGACUCCAGGAAUCAGAUGGCAUGUACGGCGCUGAGGACUUGAAGCAAUACGAGGAUCGACUUGCAGAGCUGGAGGCCUUCAUCAAGGUCGAUGAGGCCAAGACUUCCAUACCCGAUAUCCAAACCAAGAUUCUCCGUCGUAAACUCGACUUUAAUAAUAAUCUUAUGGCCGAAUUGAUGAAUGCUACAAAGUCCAUUUCGCAAGAACUGGCGCCCGUGCACAGGCGACUUGUUCAAUUGAAGAUCGAGCUCGACACACUGGCCUCACGAUCGACCUGGACCGCCUCAGAGGUACACCACAUCCAGGAAGAGUUGCGUGAGAUCGAGGCCAAGAGAGUCGACGGCAAGUUUUGCGACAAGGAGGGUAAUGUUGUCAGUGGACAGGCUGCGGUCAUUGGAUUGCUGGAAGACUGUUAUGACGAUUGCCACAACUUGUUGGCCACCAAGGAGCAGGUCCCCAAGCCUCUGCAGGAUAUCUUUAAGCGGCUGCAGGUGAUCAAGACAGAACUGGAGAGGCUGGUCUUGACACAGCGCUGGACAUUGAGAGAGACAGAUCUGUGGCAAUAUGAGAUCCAAUUGAGCGAGAUAAGCACCCACCGCAAGAACGGCAAAUUUGUCGAUCGUGAAGGAAACAUCCAAGAAGGCCAGGCGCUGCUGAACUUUAUGCUGCACAAGUGCUACCGUCUCAUCUAUGUCUUGCUCUCCGCAUCUGAGCCAAUUGCCGAGGCAUUGAUGCCUAUCCAUAACCAGCUCUUGACUGUGCGCCGAUGCUUACUCGAGGUCAAAAAGUGGGGCGGCGACUUUACAGUUCGUGACUUGUACCCAUACCAGAUGAAGUUGGCGUCAAUGGACAAUAUGCGCGUGGACGGAAAGUUCUUGGACAAGGACAAGGAGAUCCCUGAAGGUCAAGGCAUUUGCAACUCGCUACUGAGCGAGUGUUACGAUAUCCUCUAUGAGCUGCAAGACUCUGUUGUCGAGGAGUCAUCCGAUGCUGACGAUGAUGACGAUGAGCUUCGAGAAUCGGGAAACUUAGAUGUUGUUGUCUAA